AUGGUGUAUGGGCAGAUUCUUCACAGAUGGGGACCAGAAGAUGGCUUCAUCAACCUGAAUGUUGGUGGCUACAAGCAGAAGGUGUCACGCAGCCUUCUGCUCUGCUUUCCCAACACCCGCCUUGGACGUCUCCUCUUCUGCCACUCAGAAGAGGCCAUCUUGGAGCUAUGCGACGACUACGGUGUGGCCGAACGCGAGUACUAUUUCGACCGCAACCCGCGCUUCUUCCUGUACGUCCUCAACUUUUAUAACACGGGGAAGAUCCACCUGAUGGAGGAGCUGUGCGUCUUCUCCUUCAGCCAGGAGCUGGAGUACUGGGGCAUCAAAGAGCUCCACCUGGACACCUGCUGUAGCAACAAGUUCCAGGAGCAAAAGGAGUGCGUGGAGUCCGGUGACUGGGACUGCAGGAGCGACGACCAGCAGCAAAACCAGAUGGAUGGCAGCGUCGACUCCUCCAUGGAGGAGCUGUCCGCUCUGGACAAGGACAUUGAGAAGUUUGAGGGCAAAUGGUGUGCGGAACGGCGCAAGUACAUCUGGCUGCUUCUGGAGAACCCUGGGUUCUCUCGUGCCGCUAAGGUGAUUGCUGUGGCCUCUCUGAGUGUGGUGCUCACCUCCAUCGUGGCCAUGUGCGUGCACAGCAUGCCUGAGUACCAUCAGGUAGACGCCAACGACAAGGAGAUCGAAGACCCCGUGCUGGCUAUUUUCGAGAUAGUGUGCAUCAUCUGCUUCUCGUUUGAGUUCAUCAUCCGCAUGCUGGUGACCCCGUGCCUGCGCAAGUUCUGCUGCAACACGCUCAACAUCAUCGACUUUGUCUCCAUCAUCCCGUUCUACGCCACGCUGGCCUUUGACCCCGUGGAGGAGGAGAACGAGGAGCUGGAGAACGUGGGCAAGGUGGUGCAGGUGCUGCGGCUCAUGCGCAUCUUCCGCAUCCUCAAGCUGGCGCGCCACUCGGUGGGCCUGCGCUCCCUGGGCGCCACCCUGCGCCACAGCUACCACGAGGUGGGCCUCCUGCUGCUCUUCCUCUCCGUGGGCAUCUCCAUCUUCUCCGUGCUCAUCUACUUUGUGGAGAAGGAGGAGGACGAGUCGGAGCUGCAUAGCAUACCUGUGGGCUGGUGGUGGGCCACCAUCAGCAUGACCACCGUGGGCUAUGGAGACACGUAUCCUGUCACGCUCGCGGGGAAGCUGAUCGGCACUCUCUGUAUUGUCUGUGGUCUCCUGGUGGUGGCCCUUCCCAUCACCAUCAUCUUUAACAAAUUCUCAAAGUACUAUCAAAGACAGAAGGCAAUGGAUGCCAACCAAGGCAAUGAUGAGAUUAGGGUUCUUGACCCGAGCCUGCUGCACUUUCAUGUUAAUAACCUCUACUCACGAAAUGGGCAUUCUUUGGUGGGCAGCCUGUCCUCUAGGAGUAGCAUAGGCAGUGGAGACGAUGCCACAGAUGCUUCCAGCAUUCAGGAGGUGGAGACAGUUUAUCCUGCGGUAUGA